AUCUGUAUCUCAUAGAAGGGUAUCUCUUCUCUUUCUUCUUUGAAUAUGUAUAUUCUACUAUUCUUUCUUUCUAUCAUAUUCUGUCCAAGAGUAGAAGGAUUCGCUGAAAGAGAUUUAUUAUUGAAUCGAGGGGAGAUACUGAGUUUGUUUAUAGAAGAUAAGAACAUCAGCAAGGAAUGCUCAACAGAUAUGGCGUUGCUUUAUAAAAUGCACUUUGGAAAGGAAAAUCAUAAUUCUACAGUCUCAUGGGUUGAUUUAAGUAAUAAAUUUUAUUUGUAUAUUUAUUUUUAAUCGAUAGAAUAUGAAUUAUAUUUUUAUUCUUAAAAUAAAACUGCAAAAUAGUGCUAGAUUCUUGGGGAACAUUUCCCACUGGAUUUUUUAAAGGAGACGUCAAAAUGUUGGGUAGUUACAGUCAAUGUAUAACGCUAAAAGUUCCAAAAGAUAUUACAUUUAAAAGCUCAUAUAUUAGAUUGGAUUUUCAAGUUAUAAGCGCAAUUUUAAAGGAAUAUUUUGAUAAAACUACUACAAUAAACAUUGUUCCAUCUUUUGGUAUGUGUUUGCCAGACACUUGCAGUAAAUGGGAAAUAAAAGAAAUCUUUACAAAAGUUUACAGAUGGAAAAGUUUCCCUAUUAAACCAUCGAAAGUUUUUUCUUAUAAUACUAUUGAAUUGGAUACAAAAGCAUGGAUUUUAUUGCUAGCUUUAACCUCUAUGAUAAUAGUUAUUGCUGUUGCUACUCUUCUGGAUAUUUUAGCACUGAAUUCUCCUAUGAAAGAUGACCAAUCGAGUGAAUCGGAAUUCUUACUAGAGGAGAAAAAGGAUAAAAAUUCAAACAUUUUAAAUAAAAUUCUAGAAAUUUCAACAUGCUUUUCGUUUGUAAGAAAUUUGGAAAAAUUAAGUCUUGCAGAACCUUCAAAAGACAUAUCAUGUAUUCAUGGUAUAAGAUUCUUUUCAAUGUGUUGGAUUAUCUUAAUCCAUACAAGAUACGAUCUAACCGCCUUGUUUGCAAAUCCUACAUAUCUAAAGGAAUGGAACAUUGGAUUUCUAUCAAAUAUAUCUUAUAGUGUAGUGGCUGUUCACAGCUUUUUUGUUUUAAGUGGAUUUUUGGUUACCAUAUCAACAUUGAAGAAGCUUUCUGAUUCUAGUUUUAAAAUUGUUCCAUACUAUAUUCAUAGAUAUUGGAGAAUUACGCCGACUUACGCAAUUAUAAUGGCAACUUAUAUAAUAUUAUAUCAAUUUUUUGUAAAGGGACCAAUGUCUGUUGAGGAAAAUUCCUUCUUAGAAAUAUGUAAUAAAGGAUGGUGGAUGAAUCUGUUAUACAUAAAUAAUAUAAAUAAUAUUUCGUGUAUGGGAUGGACUUGGUAUUUGGCAGCUGAUAUGCAAUUUUAUGUCUUAGCACCUAUGUUAAUUUACUCUUUAUACAGGUGGAAAUAUUUUGGUAUUAUUUUCAAUCUAUUAACAAUUAUAGCGGCAUGUAUAACUUCUGCUAUAAUAUCAUAUCAAUACGAUUUUCCAUCAUCCAAUUUCUUUAUUAAAGAGAAAAAAUUAGACCUAUUUACACGGUUAUAUUAUGAAACACCUUGGACAAAUAUUGGUUCUUAUGUUGUUGGAAUUCUAACAGGCUGGAAAUUUUUUACGGAUGGAAAACUUCAAUUAAAUAAGAUAACUAUCAGAAUUAUAUCUACGGCAGCAGUUCUUAUAAGUUUAUUAAUCAUAUUCUUUCCCAUAAAUACUCUAAAUGUUAAGUUUACGAAUGCAAUUUUUAAUUCACUUCAUAAACCUCUGUGGAGUAUUUGUAUUAGUUGGCUAAUUCUAUUUUGUCUCACAAUUCAAAAAGGCAUUGUUCAUGACCUCCUCUCUUUAAGAAUGUGGAUAGUACCAAGUAGAUUAACUUUUGUGGCUUAUUUAGUUCAUCCUAUAAUCAUUUCUGCUUUUGUUAAUUCAAGGGAAAACCUUAUUAUUAUGGACAGUUCCCUUGUGAUAUUUUUCUUUCUUAUGUUCUUAACUGCUUCAUUCCUACUGGCCUUUUUCAUAACUGUUACUGUGGAAAUUCCAUUACGAAACGUCGCAAAGUAUACUCCUCUUCUUAAAUUAUAAAAUAGCCUACUUACAUCUUCGAGAACAACUAUUUUCCGUUUUAAAAAACACAAAAGUAUCAAAAACGAAAAACAAAAACCAAUAUUUUAUCCAAAAUAUAAAGCAGAUAUACGUUUUUUAUAGAAUUUACUAUAGAUAUUAUUACUUUUCAUCUUAGAACAAUAACCUUUGAAGCAUUACCCCUGGGUCCUUUUUUUAUCAUUUUUUACUCAUAAUACAUUUCAAAGUCAUAAAUAAUUUAGAGAAAAAAUUUUGUUUAUCAAUUUUUAAUUGAGAAAGAAUGAAAGAAUAUUAAAAAAAGGAGGAAAACAUCUUUCAGUUAUUACUUCUAUUCCUUAAAAAGAAGGUAACCUCUUUCUAUCCUUGUAAUUUUUUAAGGAAAAUUAAAGAAAACGUUUUUAACAACUUUCAAUUAAUUCCUUUUUAUUUACAAUAUCUCUUUUGACAAGUGUAGAGAGAGAGAGAAAGAAAAACAUUGAGAUAUAGAAAGAGAAAUAGAGAAUCAAUAAUUGUUUUUAAUAGUAUAAUAAUAAAAAAAGCACUCAUUAAAACAAGGCUAAAUUACCAGUGUAUUUUUUAUUUCAAUGUUUUUGAAUAAAUAGACAUAUACGUAUUUUUUAUUUUAAUCUACUUAAUAUAUAUCUUUUCUCUUUUUUUUGUUCUAC